GGAGCAUCGUCUGCAGCCGGACGUGAUGCACCAUGGGUAUCAGGUCGCUUUUUGUCUUUGUGUCUCUUAUGCUUUCUUCUACCUUCGCGCAGCAGCAUAACCUGGACCCCGCAGUCAACGGAUCCGGCGAUGAAGGUUGGCAAUGGCUUCCAGAGGUUGUUGGUGCCACCAUGUAUCCCGAAUGGGUUGUCGAUAACGAUAAAGGGGCAUAUCUACCUGUGUAUCAAACUGCCGGUUUGGACUCUGCCGAAGUCACGAGGGCGGUCAUUGUUUUGCAGGGCAAACAAAGGGAUUGCUGGUCUAGCUGGAAUGCGGCAAACAAUGCACUCUACGACGCUACCUACAACGACACGACCAUCCAACGUAGCCAGAUAUCCAUCAUGGGCCCGUGCUUCCUCACCGAGGCUGAUCUAGACGCGGCUGGACAACGCAAUGUUGCCCCAGACUCUGUAUCCGGAUAUAGCAGUUUCAACGUCCUCGAUUCACUAGUCUCGCAUUAUAUGGACAGAAGCGUCUAUCCGAAUCUAAAGGUCCUCGUCGUCGGAGGUCAUUCUGCCGGUGGCCAAAUGGCUCAGCGUUACGCGACUUUGAGGAUAUCUACUGAUGAUGAUGAUAGGUUGCAUUUCUGGGUCGCCAAUCCUGCAUCGCUUUGUUGGUUAACGUCGGAUCGCCCGAUUCAUAACGACGCAUGCGAAGGUUAUGAUGCGUUCAAGUACGGGCUGGAUUCGAAUUUCCCCGCGUAUGCUACCAAAAAUGCUCGUGCUCUUGGAAGAGAUGGUAUCAUUAAGAGAUACUACAGCCGUACACUAAAUUAUGCCUGGGGACUGGAAGACCAAGGAAAUGGAGAUACUCGAUGCCAAGCGCAGACACAAGGACACACGCGAUUAGAAAGGGGACAGAACUUCGUCGCCAUGUUGGAAAAUAUGGGUGGUAUACCGAAUCUCACUACCAUCGAAUGGGUACCUGGCGUCGGCCAUAGCGCUCAGGAUAUGAUGGCGAGUGAUGCGGGAAUCGAUAAAGUAGGCGUUUUCAUUUCUCGAGUUUGUUACUAUGUCUGAAGGAUACAGUUAUUCCGGUACAUGGGUAGCGG